AUGGCGGCGAUCAAGCGUUCACUGAACGUUGGUGUGGUUGGUAUGGGCAACAUGGGUGUUCCCAUCGCCCGCAAUCUUGGCUUCAAGGCCCGUAGUGCCAUGUACCUUCAGAUACAUAGCCGGACACUUAGCAAAGCUCGCCGUGUAUGCGAUGACCUUUCGGUGGAUGGUGCCUCAUGCGCCAUGCGGAUUCAUGAUCGAUAUUCAACCAUGACCAAAUGGUGUGAUGUGUUGCUGUUGGCAUUGGCUGAUGUGCAUGCGGCACGACAUGCUCUUUUGGAGGACAGUGAGGCACUCAUUCGCAACGCACGCAAGGGUCAGAUCAUCGUGGAUCACACAACGGUGGAUAUUGACACUUCCCGCGAGUGUGCAUACGAAGCCGAGAAAAGGGGUGCGUACUUUUUGGAUGCCCCAAUGAGUGGCAGUCCGCGCGCCUGCUUUAAUGCUCAGCUGGUGUUAAUGGUUGGAGGCCACGCAGAGUCGUUUCAAAAAAUGCUGCCAAUAUUUCACAUGUAUGCUGAUAAUGUCCAUCACAUGGGCGGGAGUGGCAGUGGAUCGGCGACCAAAAUGAUCACACAGGCCCUCGUUGCUUCCCACAACGCGGCUGCGGCAGAGGCGUUGAUUAUGGCACACCGAUUGGGCGUAGAAGACCAAAAAAAACUGGUGCAGGUGCUGGACGCCUCAUGGAGCUCCAGUACGAUGCUGCGCCGCAAUGCAGCGUUGCUGCAGGACCUUAUUCGUAACCCCGACAAAGCCCCACCCACAUCCACCGCCAGCGUGGACCGACUGCUAGAGGACCUUGCUCUGCUUGAUGCAUCGCUACCAAAGAGAACGGGAACAACGAACUCCUCUGAAAAUACAGAUACCGAUGAGCCCUAUCCUGUCUUGGACACGGCGCUUCGCUCGCUGGCAGCCGCUUCCGAUGCAGGGAUGGGUGAUCGGGAUAUCGCUACCGUUGUGCAUUACGUUCAGGCGGGGGAAGUGGAGCUACGCAACCGCCGUGUGAUGAAUUUUGCGAGCGCUGACAGCAUGGGGCGAGGCGAGGCGGUAUGUGGGGGUGCGGCGGUGGAGAACGCGGAAACGGAGCCUGUGGAGUUUGGAAAAGAAGACUUUUACUAG